UUCCUUAUUCCCGAGGAACAUGCAAGACAGCAGCUGAAAUGAUUCCUGGUUGGACAACUUCCCAGUUCCAGGAAACUUAUUUCCUUCGAGGACAGAGCGAGGAAGAGUUAAACCAGACAGGAACGUGGGGUGAGGGAAGGAAGCAGCGAUAAUUUUGGACAAGUUUGGGCUCCCUUCAAAGUUUGUGUGUAGUUUGCUGUUUUGGGGGGGGGAAGCGGAGCAGACGGACGCUGUGGGAGGUCAAUCUUUGGGUCUUCCCCACCCCUCCCCGAAACAAGGGGGAAAUCGAGAACGGGGACGUUUCCAUUCCGUUUGGUUUGUCCCGGAUGAAAUGGGAAAUACUGGAAGUUUGGAUGAACAGACAAAUCUAAGCGCUCAAAUCAUGCCACUGAAGUUACCGAUGCCUGAACAAUGCGAGCUGGAGGAGAGGUUUGCAGUCGUUUUGAAUUCUAUGAAUCUCCCCCCAGACAAAGCACGGCUGCUUCGGCAGUAUGACAAUGAGAAAAAAUGGGAUCUCAUCUGUGAUCAGGAGCGCUUUCAGGUGAAGAAUCCUCCACAUACCUAUAUUCAAAAGCUGAAGAGCUACUUGGAUCCCGGAGUCACCAGGAAGAAAUUCAGGCGCCGAGUGCAAGAAUCAACCAAAGUGUUACGGGAGCUUGAGAUCUCCCUCCGAACCAAUUACAUUGGGUGGGUGCGGGAGUUUUUAAACGAUGAAAAUCAGGGUCUCAAUGUGCUGGUGGACUACCUCUCCUUUGCGCAGUGCGGAGUUAUGUUUGACUUUGACCUUGUGGAGAAUGGUGAUGAUGGUGCCCUCGACAAGUCGAAACCCUGGGGCAGGUCUAUAGAAGAUCUGCACCAGAGCAAUGUCCUGCCCCUGGCUUUCAGCAACAGCCUCUCUCGCUCUGCCAGGCAAUCUAUCCUACGCUACAACACUUUGCCUGACAGGAAACUCCUGAAGAACUCCCGACUUGUGAGCCAAAAGGAUGAUGUCCAUGUUUGUAUCAUGUGCUUGCGGGCUGUCAUGAACUACCAGUACGGCUUCAACUUAGUCAUGUCACACCCACAUGCUGUGAAUGAAAUCGCACUUAGCUUGAACAACAAGAAUCCCAGAACCAAAGCCCUGGUAUUGGAGCUAUUAGCAGCAGUGUGCCUUGUGAGAGGAGGGCAUGAAAUCAUUCUGUCUGCAUUUGAUCACUUCAAAGAGGUGUGCAAAGAAAAGCAUCGCUUUGAAAACCUGAUGGAAUAUUUUCGCAAUGAAGACAGCAACAUUGAUUUCAUGGUGGCGUGCAUGCAGUUCAUCAAUAUUGUGGUCCAUUCAGUGGAGGACAUGAACUUCCGGGUCCACUUGCAGUUUGAGUUCACCAAGCUGGGCCUUGAUGAAUUCCUGGAGAAAUCUAAGCACACGGAAAGCGACAAGCUUCAAGUUCAGAUCCAGGCCUACUUGGACAAUGUAUUUGACGUGGGAGGCUUGCUCGAGGACGCAGAGACUAAGAAUGCAGCUUUGGAGAAAGUGGAUGAACUGGAAGAGCACAUGUCGCAUUUAUCGGAGAGGCUUCAGGAACUGGAAAAUGAAAAUAUGAUGAGGGUAGCAGAACUGGAAAAGCAGCUACUACAUCGGGACAAUGAACUGGAAAUGAUAAAGGAAACAUACAAGGAUGCCAGCAGCCAGGUGCAUACAUUGCGAAAGAUGAUAAAGGAGAAAGAGGAGGCUUUGCAGCGGCAGUUUCAGCUGGAGAAACAGUUGACGGAUCUGCGACAUAGUUCUAUUGGUGACUGCCCUGAUGGAGAUCCUUCCAUGUUACCUCGAUCUUGCCUGCGUUCAGAUGUAAUCCAAAGUGUUUCUUCAACACCAGCACCGCCAACUCCUCCUCCUCCUCCACCACUUGCACCACCACUGCCAGGUCAAGCACCCCCACCCCCACCGCCACCACCUGGGGCUCCUCCGUUACCUGGCACUUCACUUUCAGUUAUCCUCACCUCGGGAUUGUCAGCUAUCCGGAUAAAGAAACCAAUCAAAACCAAAUUCCGUUUGCCAGUGUUCAAUUGGAUGGCUUUGAAACCCAACCAGAUCAAUGGGACAGUCUUCACUGAAAUCGAUGAUGAAAAGAUAUUAGAGGAGCUUGACAUGGAUGAAUUUGAAGACCUCUUCAAGACGAAAGCCCAGGGACCCUCCAUUGAAAUCUCAUGUCAGAAAAGCAAAAGUGCGCAGAAAGCACUGAGUAAAGUGACGCUGCUCGAAGCCAACCGAGCAAAGAAUCUCGCCAUUACGUUGCGCAAGGCUGGCAAGACAACUGAAGAGAUUUGCAGGGCCAUUCAAAUGUACGAUUUGAAGACUCUGCCUCUAGACUUUGUGGAGUGUCUGAAUCGCUUCCUGCCUUUAGAGAACGAGGUGAAGCUUUUGAGGCAGUACGAGAGAGAGCGGAAACCACUCGAUGAACUGUCCAAUGAGGACCGCUUCAUGCUGCAGUUCAGCAAAAUCGAGCGCCUGCCUCAGCGCAUGACUAUUAUGACGUUUGUUGGGAACUUCUGCGAGAAUAUUCAGAUGUUGAAUCCGCAAUUGAAUGCAAUAAUAGCUGCCUCUGCAUCCAUUAAGACCUCACAGAAGUUGAAGAGAAUGCUGGAGAUUAUUCUGGCACUUGGUAACUAUAUGAAUAGCAGCAAAAGAGGAGCUGUAUAUGGCUUCAAGCUUCAGAGUUUGGACCUGCUCUUGGAUACCAAAUCCACUGACCGGAAGCUCACCUUGUUGCAUUACAUUGCGAUUGUCAUCAAACAGAAGUACCCCAGCAUCGCCACAUUUUGGAGCGAGCUCCACUUCAUCGAGAAAGCUGCAGCAGUGUCAUUGGAAAAUGUCCUCUUAGACGUAAAGGAGAUGGGACACAACAUGGAGUUGGUUAAGCGUGAAAGCAGUAUGCACGAUCACAAUGUGGUGCUGAAGGAUUUCCUGACACAAAAUGAAGGGACACUAGAAAAACUUCAGAAAGAUUCCAGGACUGCACAGGAAGCAUACAAUAAAGUGGUUGAGUAUUUUGGAGAAAAUCCCAAGACUACGCCUCCAUCUGUGUUCUUCCCAGUCUUUGUCCGCUUUGUCAAGUCCUACAGGGAAGCGGAACAGGAAAACGAGCUGCGAAGCAAGCAGGAGCAAGCUUUGAGAGAGAAGAUGCUGGCACAGGAAGCCAAGCUGCAACAGGACCAAAAGUCUCCCUGUCACAGGAAUAAGCGACAACAGCAGGAACUCAUCGCUGAGUUACGGAGACGGCAGCUCAAAGAUCACCGGCCAGUGUAUGAAGGGAAAGAUGGGACCAUUGAAGACAUUAUCACAGCUAAGAGGAAGAGUAUGAUCGGUAAUUUUCCAAAUUCUCCAACACGGAUCUUAGAAGUCAACCAUUCCGGCGUGCAGACGCGGUGAUACGACAUGGAUGGAAGCACCUCUGAAGAAAAGAGUUGGGGGAGGGGAGAAGGAGAGGGCAACUGCAACCAAAUUGACAGUGUUAUCAAAAACUCUUCCCUCGAAGCAUCUCGGGAUGCACUUUCUUUUGUCACCCCACAUCAACUUCCUGAAAUGGUGAACUUCCUGCACAUGUACCUUUUUGUAAUCCACAAAAAAUUGGCAUGGUGUGGAUAGGAAACAUGAGGGAGAGCGCACAUUCCCUUUCAGUUUCUGCAGGAGAAAUGUGUUUUCUUUUAAAAUCAAUCCACAAAAACUACUCACCACUUAAUGGAUAAAAUGAUACAACUACGUGUUUGAGAUCCUGAUGCUCCAUCAAAGCUGGGAGGAAGCAUGUUUCUCAGUAGGAUAGAAAACACAGAACUAUUGGCUGUCUCACCAAAUUAGGGCAGCCUGUGAAAUUUGAACGCCUUGUUAUGGCAGUAUUACCUGGGCACAUUAACUAUAGAGUUCUUUCUAUUUUGUAGUCUUAAUUAAUUUAAUGUAUUUUUCCAUUAUUCCUCCUAUGUCUUGUACAGUUAACUUGACCUUCUGUGAUGUUUCCAAAGAAACUUUGGCAUCUGUUCUUGCCAAAGUAAAAUGGCCGCUAUUGUUGGAAUGUUAUAUUGAUUUCAAACCCAUUUUUGAGGUCCU